ACUUGGUCGACAAAUAGUACUUAGAAAAAUUCAUAGUCAUGGACUUUUUCUUCCCGGAAAACUCGAUUCGAAUUUUUACGUAAGAUUUUAAAGACGGAUUUGAGGGAAAGAUCAGAAAUACGGUUUCAUUCUUCCCACGAUUCAUUCGAAUCAAUAGACAAAUCUCGCUUUCUUCGUUGUUUCUUUCUUUUUGGAAAAGAAACACUGCUACUGACGCGAGAGUCGGGAAUGUAAGUAGGCGAGUCGGAAAGAUUGAAAAGUCGAAGAAAGCGCGAUGGUGCAAUGUUUAGAUACUUCGACACGGUCUCUAGGCUAAUUGGAAUGAUCGUAAAGCGAAAGAAAUACUAUGAGUCAUUGGUAAUAAAGGGUAGCGCAAAGUGUUCGCGCGUAUCCUGAACGCGGUAAGCCCGAGAGAGUCGCGAAUGGGAGAGGGCUCCGUUCGGUGCAGACGUCCCUGGCUUUCGGCUCGAACAGCUCAGUUCAUUUUGUUGGUAGAGGCGAACGGUGGUGCAUAGCACGACAGCUGAUUCUGAACGGUGUUGUGUCGACCGACCGUUUCUCUCGGCUGUCAGUCACAGUUGAUACUCCGAAUUGGUUAGUUGAUUCACGACUCAACUUGGUUUCUCGCUUUAUGCGUGUACGCGUAACGCAACUUUGCCCGCUGGGAGCAGUGCCGUGCGUGGUCGUGGUGAACGCAUCCUUUGGAAACGAAUGCAGCCUUGCAAUUCGAAAAACUCGUCAUCGAUCGUGGGGAAAACGAAGGCAAGGUUUAAAGGGGCGUCGUAACGAAAAACUGUGCUAAAACCUGUCGAGCUCCGUUUCUCUUUGUUGAGAGGUGAUCGUCGUGACCAAGAGGGUUUCUCUCGUAAACGACUACCGUGCAUAGCAGAGCGAGAAACGAAAGGGCGGAGAGAUAGAGGAUGAUGCAUAGCGUCAUUGUCAGGGUAUGAUUUCGGACACCGCUAGGAUAUCUAUUUCUACGUUCGACGGAUGCAUCAGUAGGUGAUGGCAGAUCUGAAGAAUCUCAGUCUGAGUGGUGGAGGAGCAUCCAGAUACAGCGGGGAUGAACAGGUGCAAUUCAUUCCGGGUGGAAGUCAUCAAGUGACGAUCAAAUCUCCCCCACCCUCGUUACAUUUGGAAAGCCUCAAUAAUGCGGUCCUCAGUGGAUCACAAAACAAUCUUCAUUGUAAUUGCAACGGCAGCGCAACGAACGGUGCCCCGGUUUCAAUGUGUACCAGCAGCAUGUUCGUGAGGAAGGUGCCGAAUCAUAGUCCAGGACAGGAUGGCAAAAGGCCGGCGGUUACGUUGUCGCAUCUACCGAAGAGACCACCGGUUGACAUCGAGUUCAAGAACCUGGCAUACAGCGUGUCUGAGGGCAGGAAGAGAGGAUACAAAACGAUUUUAAAAUGUGUCAAUGGAAAAUUCCGAUCCGGAGAACUGACCGCCAUUAUGGGCCCGUCCGGUGCCGGCAAGAGUACAUUGAUGAACGUGCUAGCAGGAUACAAAACGUCUCACCUCAGCGGUUCCGUUCUGAUAAACGGAAAAGACAGGAAUCUCAGAAGAUUUCGAAAGAUGUCCUGUUACAUAAUGCAAGAUGACCGUCUGCUGCCUCAUCUAACGGUAUACGAGACGAUGACGGUCUCGGCGAACCUGAAACUGGGGAAAGACAUCAGCGUGAUGGAGAAGAAAGUAGUGGUCGAAGAAAUCAUCGAAACUCUUGGCCUAAGCGACGCGAGCAAUACACAAACUCAUUGCCUGAGUAGCGGUCAAAAGAAAAGGCUAUCGAUCGCAUUGGAGCUCGUUAACAAUCCUCCGGUGAUGUUUUUCGAUGAACCAACUUCCGGUUUAGAUAGUUCGACUUGUUACCAAUGCUUGAGCUUGCUCAAAUCAUUAAGCAGAGGAGGAAGGACUAUCAUUUGCACGAUACAUCAACCAAGCGCACGAUUGUUCGAAAUGUUCGAUCAUUUGUACCUUUUGGCCGAGGGCCAAUCUAUAUAUCAAGGAAACGUAGGUGGACUAGUGCCCUUUUUGUCGUCGAUGGGCUUGGAAUGUCCUAGCUAUCACAAUCCAGCGGAUUAUGUAAUGGAAGUAGCAUGCGGGGAACACGGCGAGUGCGUGCACAAGUUAGUGAUGGCUGUGAACAAUGGUAAAUGCGCGAACUAUCAGCAUUAUCAUGCGGCGAUAAACGCGGUGCAAACUGUAUCGAACGAUAUCGCUAAGGAAUCACCGCAACAAGAAACAAAGUCCGAGUCUGCUUUGAUUCCGAACGGAGUCGCGAAACAACCAAACGGGGGGACGGUGAUUAAUAUGCCGAUUUCUUGCACUACCUCUUUGCUGGACAGCGCAGAGAGCAUAGAACAGAAAGUCGGCUUUCCAACGAAUAGCUGUACCCAGUUUUGGAUUCUUCUUAAAAGAAUCUUCUUAUCGCAAAUAAGAGACAUGACAUUAACGAGAGUAAGGCUGAUUUCACACAUAAUAGUUGGAUUUCUCAUCGGUGCAAUUUAUUACGACAUCGGUAACGAUGCCUCGCAAGUAAUGAGCAACGCUGGUUGCGUUUUCUUUACAGUCAUGUUUCUCAUGUUCACCGCUAUGAUGCCUACCAUUCUUACGUUUCCAACAGAAAUGGCUGUUUUCGUGAGAGAACACCUAAAUUAUUGGUAUUCCGUAAAAUCUUACUAUCUUGCGAGAACACUGGCCGAUGUACCAUUUCAAGUAGUAUACUCUGUAGCAUAUGUUAUCAUUGUAUAUUUCAUGACGUCGCAACCAUUGGAAACGAAUAGAUUUAUGAUGUAUUUAACUAUAUGCGUGUUAACAGCGUUAGUUUCUCAAUCCAUCGGUUUAGUGAUAGGAGCAGCAAUGAGUGUGGAGAGCGGAGUAUUUAUCGGCCCUGUGGCGUCGGUGCCGAUCGUUCUGUUCUCCGGUUUCUUUGUCAAUUUCGAUGCCAUUCCAAAGUAUCUAAAAUUUCUUUCGUACGCAAGCUACGUAAGGUAUAGCUUCGAAGGCACCAUAAUUUCCGUGUAUGGUUACAAUCGUGCUAAGCUCAAGUGUACCGAGGCGUACUGCCACUUCAGGAGCCCGACGAAGUUCCUCGAAGAAAUGUCGAUGCAAAACGCCGUCUUCUGGAUAGACGCCGCUGCACUGGCCUGCUUCUUGCUUUCCUUGAGGAUUAUCGCCUACUUUGUACUGAGACUGAAGUUACGAUCUCUUCGUUAAAACGUGCGCUGCUGACCGAGGUGAUGACUCGAUAGGUCGUGAUACUCGUCACAGGUAUACGCUUCAAUCUCGACGUUUCUUUACAUUUAACCGAAAAGAAUUUUCGGACAUUCGCGAUUAUGAUUCUCAACUCUGAUUCUUUCCUCGUCGAAGAUAGAAAUACUCGAACGUUUCGAAUUAACGAGCAAACUGUAUAUACACGUAUGAAAACGACGCGUUGGGAUGUUUUCAACUUUUUUCUUUUUUUCAUUGUCAAUUGCUAAGAUUUUCUAUACUUGCAAGGAGGAACUUUGAACCGACAAAGUUUGUUGAAUUACGAACCACCGUGUGUGCUGUUGCGUUUAUAAAGGUUUCAUUACCAACGUUAGUAUUUCACAGUUUUAAAACGUUCGAAAAUGUCUACGUUCUUGAUAAUUCAUCGAUUAGUUCAAACUUGUCAGAAAAAUCUGAAGAAUGGAACUUACGAGGAAAGUUGUUUCGCACGGGUUGGACGAAACGAAGAAACAGAGAUUAAUUAUAUACGCAUAGAUCAUUUAGGCAUUUCUAAUGAAAUUAGGGUACACGUGAAUUAGUUUAAUAUCAUCGAUAAUAGACCGAAGAAAAACGAGACCACCGUGGGUGAUAUGCAAUGAAAUCGAAACGCAAACAUUUAUAGCCAAUUAUUACACAACUCGCCAGGAGCCUUAGGCCCAUUUAAGACUCAUGGUCCCUCCAACCAGCGCGUGCGCAUCACGCGAAACUUCAUGGACUUUUUUCGAUAGAUAAGCAAUAGAUUUUACGAAUCGAAGAUUAAAAUUGAUCCUUUAUUGUUCUCGUGUUUACAUCGAUCGCUACAUUCACUUAGAUUAUACGUAUAUAUGUAUAUAUACGUAUACACAUGGUAUCUCGGAAAUAUACAAGUGUUAAAUCGUUUAACAUAUCGGACAAAAAUUUUAACCGACCUAUUGGGAUACCAAAAAUUCAUUUCCAUGUCCGAUGCGUACGUAUAUCGACGAGAUACCUAUUCUAGUAUUUGUAUUAAAAUGAUUUCGUACGAAAUCGCGAGCGAUCCUUACUCAUAUCGUCAUUCCAUUAAUCGAUUAUUCAAUAAUUAUAAGCGUUCAAGCGACAGAGAUAUUGUAAAAAAGAAACAAAAAAGCUCACACUUGACCAAUCACUAGCUGCCUGUGCGUUUGCUUUUUAAGUGGGAGUGCUGAACAUUGUUACAUUUACUAUGAUGAUAUAGCCCUUUAAUUAGAGAGAUGAAGGGAGCAUAUACCGUAUAUUACGAGAGAAAACAAGUAGGCACGCCAGUCUAUACAUUAACGAAUUUAACGAGAUUAUUCUGAUUUUUGGAAACGUUUACAGAAAUUUAUUUCACGGCCUACGUACUUGUUCGUAUCACUACGGGUUCGUUUACUCAACGACUGAAAAAGUAACAGAAUGAUUAAAGGUUUUGUAGAUUAAUUUUUAAUUUUUUGUGUUUUCUUCUAUUUCGUUCUCAUAUCGUAUAGGAUUUUGUAGAAAAUCGCAAACACAUAUAAUCGAUCGAUAUAGGUGUAUUUCGUUUAGUUUUCUAAAUCUUGGAAACGAUAUUUGUUACAACAAGAAAAAAGAAAAACAAAAAGAAAAAAAUAGUGGUAUAAAUAUUUUUAUAUUUCCAAUGUUAGAUAUAAAUUCAACUUAUGGUUUCUUGUUUUAGCUAAGGUAUCUUAUAUACGAUCGUUCCGUUCAAAGAUUAGUUACCUUUAUUCCGUCUUUAUUGGUAGGAGCGAAAUUACAUUUAAAUUGUAUUCGUCAAGUACGUGCUCGUCAUCUUCGAAGAUAACUGUUGUGUAAAACAGGUAAUUGUACUUGUCGCGGAACGUAAAUAUGUAGAAAUUUUCUCGAGACCGAGCUUCUUUACUUAAUCGAGUCGUCUUCGAUUUGACGAAACUCUUUAGCUUGCUUCUACUGGUUUUAGACGAGUCGAACGACGGACAUGGCGUUUAAAUAAUAUGUUGUGCGAUGAUUUGUAACCAGUGAUAAAUUUAUGCUAUGCAUAUAAUCGAUACGUUUAGUGUUAAAAAAACGUAAAUAUUAUGAUUAAUAGGGAGCGGGGGUCAAAAGUUUCCAAUUCUUUUUUUUUAUUUUCUUUCUAUUCAACAUACUGGCACUGUGGGAGAUGUUGGGACACAAUCGUAUCGCGAUCAACUUAAUGCUGUUAAAAUCGAUAUUACCAAUUAGCACGUGGGAUUAUAUUGAUUUUAUUCCGGAUGCGUUUCAAUUGUGAUUCAGUAUCGGCAAACAAUCGUAUGACGUAAACAGGAGUAAAGUUCUGUAAAGUGUACAUAUAGAAUGCUGUAAGCGUAGGAACUUAUGAAAGCAGGAUAAUGGAGUAUGUUGAAAUUGUAUAGAUACGAUAAGGGCGUAACAGUUAUUUCUUUCAGUUAAACAGAACAAACAAUUAGUUAAACUGUUUAAAUCUUGGCUCUUACUUGGGCGCAUAACGAAAGUGAGAUGUACAAAAUGCGAAUCGAACUUGUUGUAUAGCGGUGAACACUAAUGGCCUUCCUUCCAGAAGAGAAGGUGGCACUCCUACCACUCACCUGAUACACUCGUACUGUGGUCUCGUUUUAUGCCUUGUAAAAUGUAACACUUUAUUUUCUUACAAUUACGAUAUAACACAGUAUGAGAUUUGCAUUUUAUUCUUAAUUAUUUUGAUAAUAAACUUGUUCCAACUCAGUCUUAUGGUCUUAGAAGACUCAGUCUUCUUCCAAAUAUGGGCGCAGCGGAAACUUCUUGUUGCCCCAGCAAAACCGGUACACGAAUCAGUCAGGCGAGUAAUGGGAGGCCGUAUUACCCUACUUUUCUUCUUACGAUGGGAAGCCAUUAACACUCGCCAAAUUCUACAGAACCAUUACGAUAUAAGAAAUAGUUACCAAAGCAAUUUGCAAGCAUGCGACACACGCGUAGAACCAAGAUUUAAACACGAAAUCAUUACGAUUCUCAAGUUGCUUGCUUGCCACGUGCAGAUCCGCCCCUAACCGAGGCCCUACAUUUAGGGGUUUACGCAUUUUUACCAACACCUGUACAAAUCUUACUUUUAUUCCAAAUUCCUGAAAAUUCUAGGGGUGGUUCUGACUAUAUGGUUUACAGAUAACAUUGAAUUAUCGGUUGAUUGUUUUUUUAUUGCUUCUCUCGAUUCUGUUCUUUGCAAUGCUGCGCAAACAUAUUCUUAGCUGGGAAUUUCUGACAAGCGUAAAAGCAGUAAUGUGUCGGACUUAAUCACACUCCUACACACACAAACAGAUGCGUGUACUGUGUUCAAGGCUCGCGAGAUCAACUGACAUGAGACUGUAAUAACGAACAAGUAAACUUUUAAUCCUACACACACAUACACACGACUGUCUUGCGAGCAGAACCUUCGAACUGCUAUUGACCCUUUCACUGUGACCAUUACGUUAAUCGUACAUCUCUCGUAGAACUCGCCAAUUAAUUGACUUAUUAUUAAUUUCAAGGAAAUUAGAAUAAAAUUUUCUCGAUAAGUAGGUAGUCGUUUAGAUAUGCUAUUUGUAGGUAACAACCUAUUUCGAGGUCGUAUAUCUACGUCGCUUGCAGGGAAAGGGUUAAAUAGAUUUUAAAUAACAUACAUAAGUACCACGUAUGCAUAUAGGUGCGCAGCAUAGGAGAACUGAUUUACAAAAGGAAAAACCAUUUUCGCUUUUAGGACACAUACUACACACGUCGAAGUACAAUGUAUAUUGUUCGACCAUGUAUCGCAUACAAGUACAUGACACUUUUUUCAAGUAUUGUAAUUUUAUAUUGAACUAAAGAGUAUACGUGUGUGAGGUUGUGCGCAUGUGUGUGUGCGAACAUCGAAGAAUAAGUAAUAUCGCGUGAAAACGAAGUUUAACGAACGACGUGUAAGACGCGGGAUAAAAUGGUACCGUAUGCCCUUACGAUGUUAAAUUGCCGAGCAUUAAUGUAACUCGUGUUCUGAACAAGGAAUGUCACGUUUAUACUAAAGCACAAAUGAAUAAACAUCUGUAUAAUACGUA